CUCUCACUUCUCACUCUUUUCCAUUUUGCUCAUUUCAAUGCUCUUCCCCUGUUUCCUUUUUCCCAUUCAUCACUCUUUUCUCUUUAUUUCUUCUGAAUUCCCACCUCUUUCUUCCCUUCUCAAUCAUCUCUGUUUCUCCUUUUCCUCUUCUUCCAACCCCUCCAUUCCUCUUUCUUUCAAGGUAAUCACAAAUCACUAUGCAUUCAUUGCUUUACUCUAAUGUCCCUUCUCUGCUUUUUUAAUGGGGUUUCUCAUGGGAAUGUAAGCUGUUGGAAGUUGGCACGCAUAUUUGCAAUUCCAUAGAAAAUUCCCCUGUUUGGCUUUUGGGUUGUUGGGAACACGUACGGUCUAUUUGCUUCAAAUUGAUUUUUGGCUUUUGGGGAUCAAUGCUGCGGAAAUGAUGCCAUUGUGUCACUUCUACUCAAGAGCCUAUUUAUGAGCUCCGAUCUUAUCCUGUCUUGGUGUGAUUCAUUUAUUAUCAGUACAAUGUGCCCGUGAAGUAGAGAUAUAUUUACUUCGCUUCUUCAAAGAUGAUGGCAUUUAUUGUUUCCUGAUCUUGUUUGUGUAGAACACAGAUACAAUAUACUGCUUGACAUUUACUGGAGUUCGACAUCUGUGAAGUUAGAUUCCACUGAGGCAAGCAAAAUUUAUAACGUCUUACUGAUCAGCGAAAGAGGGCUGUUGGUUAUUAUAGCUCAAGUUGAGCUUGAAUUCUUGCACUAUAUGGACCACAAGGCUUCAGAGUAUUUGGCUGCAAUGUUGAAGUCUUUUGUGCUAGUUCCUUGUUUUGGUUAGGGUCGAUUUAAUUUUUAACUUUCGUCAUCACUACCUGAAGGAAAGAAAGGAAAGAAGAAAAAUGGUGGAGCCAGAGUUUUGUGCUUCCAAUAUACAAUCUCCUUUCCGUGAGGAGAGUGGGGAUGAAGAGCUUUCAGUUCUUCCCAGGCACACUAAGGUUAUUGUCACUGGAAAUAAUAGAACAAAGUCUGUUUUAUUGGGAUUGCAAGGGGUGGUUAAGAAAGCUGUUGGCCUUGGAGGCUGGCAUUGGCUGGUUUUGAAAAAUGGGGUUGAAGUGAAGCUACAAAGGAAUGCAUUGAGUGUGCUGGAACAUCCCACAGGAAAUGAAAAUGAUGAACAUGAUUUGGACAACUCAAGUUGUAGCUCUGACAUCGGAGAGAAGGACAAUGAUUUCUCUAGCAGCGUUGUUUUCCACAAACUCAGCAAACCAAAAGUGAGGCAGAUUAAGCCAUGGGCUCCAUCUUCAUCAGCAAAGUCAACUAGUCGGGGCAGCUAUGGAGAAAUUCAAUCUAUUCACAUGCCAAAGUCAGGGACGCGGGUCAGACUGGGGAAACUAGGAACAGAGUCUUUGUGGAGAUAUAUCAAGCACUUCAAUCUAGUGAAUAGCAUUUCAAAUACUUCAAGGGACCAAAUCCUUCAAGUUGUACAACGACAUUUUGCAUUACAGACGAGUUUGAACGAGGCAUCAGUGAUGACUGAAUUCAUUCGAGCCGUUAAGAAACGAAGAGAGUGAGGGGGGGAGUGACUGAUGAUAUUGAAAAUUGAUUCACGUAAAUGUAUGUUUGUAUAGCGAUUAAUGAUUAUGCAUGUUAACUAUAUAGUCUACAAACUAUGUAAAACUUCUAACUCUCUAACAUUGAGUUGAUAACGUCCUAGACUCAUACUAUACUUCUUUUUGCUUCUCUUCCAAGCACGGGUGCAUUUAGUAUGGGUUUAGGAAAAUUGGAGCUUCUCUCAACUUUAUGUUUUUAUAUUAUAUGUAUAAAGAAACUAAUAUAGUAUUAAUUUUAGUUGGCUAAGUGGUAAAUGCAUGCUCCCACUUUUCUUGAGUA